UUGCAUUCACUCGCUGGAAUUGACUUGAUACGCUUCCGCGCUCUAAAUACCGAACACCACAGGAUAAAACCCCAUUAAAGUUUCAUCGCAAUAAAAUGUACAAAUUCGUGUGUGUCUUGUGCUCUGCUCUGCUGUUCAGCUAUGUCUUGGCCCGUCCGCAGGAUGCGCGCGCCGCUGGAGCAAUAACAACAACAACAACGCCAGCCAGCAUCAUAAAGCAGGAUAAUGUGAACAAUGCCGAUGGCAGCUUCAACAGCAGCUAUGAGACAUCGAAUGGCAUAAGGGUGGAGAACAUUGGCUACCUGAAGAAGAUCAUCAUACCGCGAACGGAGACCGGCGACGGCCAGGUAAUUGAGGAGCACGAGGAACUCGUACUGGUGCAAACUGGCUCCUAUAGCUACAGCGAUCCUGAGGGCAAUCUCAUCACCCUACGCUAUGUUGCCGACGAGAAUGGCUUCCAGCCGGAGGGUGAUCAUCUGCCAGUUGCGCCGCAAUAGUAGCGUCAACCGGGCGUAUGUGUAAUUAAGUAAUUAGCAUUAAGUAUGUAUGUAUAUCCUAUAUCGUAUAAAGUAUUACGUACUGGAGAUAGCACCCCACUGCCCUAUGCCAUACGAAACAUACGAUGGGUUUCCAAGAAUUCAGUCCUGACACUGACAUUCACACACACACACACACACACAGCCAUACACAGACACCUGAAUACCCAAAAAAA